AUGCCUAUGCCAACCGAUUCGAUGCUUUCCCAGAAGCGUUCUCAACGAGACAAGGCAUCCGCUCACAGAUCUGAGGUUCACUCAACGCAAAAGGCUUCCCAUAGCGAGAUGGGCCCUGCCGAACUUCUAAGUGAAGAGAUGGAUAACGCUGGCAAUGCUGUACCCGAUCCAAAUUGGCCCGGGGAGGCACAGAACUCGAGUGAUAAGGAACAUUCGGAUUUGGUUGAUGCUAUGAAGGCGGAAACUGCCGAUUUUGAGUAG